GCGGCUUGGGGAGACCGGGAGUCUGUUAAGCGCAUGCGCGCUUCCUCCUCCAUCCUCUGAUUCUUCUUCUUGAGAGACCCGAAGGAGGCCCAGGUAGGAGCUUCUCCGUGCCUCUUUCUCUCUUACGGAGGCGGGGACGUGUAAUAGCUUUGCCUGCUGCCAACGGAUCACGUGGCCCAAGUUGUCCUCUUUCUAUCUGCAGCAACGGGGCAGGUUGCUCCAACCACUGUUAUGAGGUAAUACUGAAAGAUUAUGUCCACUAUGGUGUACCCCAGGGAGGAGAAAAUGGACAAACUAAGCCAAGAAGAGAUUAUCUCCAACACUAAACUGGUGAUGCAAGGGCUGGAGGCCCUUAAAAAUGAGCAUAACUCGAUCUUGCACAGCCUACUGGAGACUAUCAAGUGUCUGAAGAAAGAUGAAGAAGCCAAUCUAGUACACGAGAAAGCCAACCUGCUGCGCAAGUCAGUGGAGAUGAUUGAGUUGGGACUUGGAGAAGCUCAGGUCAUGAUGGCUCUGUCAAACCAUCUCAAUGCUGUGGAGUCUGAAAAGCAGAAAUUGCGGGCCCAGGUGCGGAGACUAUGCCAGGAGAACCAGUGGCUACGAGACGAACUAGCAAACACUCAGCAGAAAUUGCAGCGCAGUGAACAAACUGUGGCACAGCUUGAAGAAGAAAAAAAACACUUGGAAUUCAUGAACCAGCUGAAGAAAUAUGAUGAAGAUGUAUCCCCAACGGAGGAGAAGGAAGGUGAUUCCACAAAGGAUUCUUUGGAUGAUUUGUUUCCAAAUGAGGAAGAGGAUCAGGGACAAGGAUUGCCUCAUCAACACAGCAGUGCUGUAGCAGCUGCUCAGCAAGGUGGUUAUGAGAUCCCAGCACGCUUGCGUACACUACAUAAUCUGGUGAUCCAGUAUGCAUCACAGGGACGCUACGAGGUGGCUGUGCCUCUUUGCAAGCAGGCCCUGGAGGACUUGGAGAAGACUUCAGGACACGAUCACCCAGAUGUGGCCACCAUGCUCAACAUCUUGGCCUUAGUAUAUAGGGAUCAAAAUAAAUAUAAAGAAGCAGCUCACCUUCUAAAUGACGCAUUGUCUAUUAGAGAGAAAACUCUUGGCAAAGAUCACCCUGCAGUUGCUGCAACCCUAAAUAAUCUAGCCGUUCUGUAUGGCAAAAGAGGGAAAUACAAGGAGGCAGAACCAUUAUGCAAGCGGGCACUGGAAAUCCGGGAAAAGGUUCUAGGCAAAGAUCACCCAGAUGUGGCCAAACAGUUAAAUAACUUGGCUUUACUAUGCCAGAAUCAGGGCAAGUAUGAAGAAGUAGAAUAUUACUAUCGCCGAGCUCUGGAGAUCUACGAAUCCCGCCUAGGGCCUGAUGAUCCAAAUGUUGCUAAAACAAAGAACAAUCUGGCCUCCUGCUACUUGAAACAAGCCAAAUACAAGGAUGCCGAGACCCUGUACAAGGAAAUUCUCACCCGUGCCCAUGUGAAAGAAUUCGGCACUGUUGAUGAUGAACACAAGCCUAUAUGGAUGCAUGCAGAAGAAAGGGAGAAAAUGAGCAAGAGUAAACACGGAGAAAACAUCCCCUAUGCAGAGUAUGGUGGCUGGUACAAGGCCUGCAAGGUCAGCAGCCCUACAGUGAACACCACUCUGCGGAACCUGGGUGCGUUAUACAGGCGUCAGGGCAAACUGGAGGCUGCAGACACUUUAGAAGAGUGUGCAGUGCGUUCUAGGAGACAGGGUAUUGACCCCAUUAACCAGACUAAAGUGGUGGAAAUUCUCAAAGAGGGCGAUGGCUCUGAGAGGAGGAGGAGCCGAGACAGCCUUGGGGGCAGCAUCAAAUAUGAGAAUACCACAGAUGGUAAUGAGGAAGUGAGUAUGGGCGUGGAAUGGAAUGGGAUUGGUUGAAGCAGUGGGACCAUGGAAUAAAUGAAGGAGCCUUCCCUUACAUGGCCAUGCUGUGCAUUGGACCUUGUAAUUAAAUAGAUCUAAUUUUUACCCAAAAUUGUGCUGGUCAAAUAGUGGUGUUUCUACCCAAAAGCAUGACUAAACAAAGUUUGUAUUUUGAAAAUUUCAAAGCAUUUUUUCACAUUAGCUAAAGGGAUUUGUAAAUCCUCUGUUAAGAUCGUCUGUACAAUUUUCUACCCCUCCAUAAUUCUUUGACCUCCUUGUCUAUACUGUUAACAUAUAGCUCUAUUCCCUCGCUGUCACUCUUCAGGAUACUAUGCAUCUUCACCGUGGCCUUGUACAUUGUGUCUUUCUCCUCUCUGUGCACUAGGCUUAAAUGCCUCCUGAGACUUCUCCCCCCCUCCCUUCCAACACAAUCAUCUGGAUGCUUGUGCAGCUUCUUUCGACUUUUUCUUCCAAACCAUUCCCCUCCUUCCACUGUUCCUGCUUUACUCGUCAAGGACUCCACACCCGUCCCAAACCAACCUUCCAUCCAAAGUGAGCACCAAGGAACACAGCAGAAGAAUAUUCAACUGGCUGCACACGGCUCUACUACAGCACCAAUCAGCAAGAGAACAGGAAGAAACUCUACAAGGUGGCCUCUCCCCACUUCCUUUGUCUGCCAGAACAGGACUUUUCCAGGAUUCCCUGUGGCUUCCUUUGUUCUCUUUCCUGUACCUUAACCAGGGGGGAAGAGGUUGAUGUUUGAGAGUGGUCUUGUUCCCUACUCUGGGGACACUACAUUCACAUUUGCCCAUCUUCCUAUAACUUGCCUCCCCAUUUUGCUGCCUUCAUUUGAACAAUAUGCCCCUUCCUGAUCUUUCAUGCUGCUUCCCUUUUCUUCCUCUUGCUUCCAUGGCACAAAGUACAGAAUUAAGAAACAGAAACAAACACCCUAAUAUCUUUCCCCACAGUCCCAUCUUUAAAUUGUAGAUAAGGAUAAAUGGGCUGGAUAAAUCAUGCUCUUAAUUGAUGGCAAAAUGGUUUGAAUGCCCACUGCUGCUAUUGUACAAGCCUGGUUUCUACCUUAAGCAGUAUUUAAGUCCAGAGACCCAUAAAGAAAGAUACAGAACAGUUCAUCUGUAUUCUCUAGUAUCUGAAGCCCUUUGGCUUCAGGAUGUAAAAGGAUUAGAGACAAAGGCUUGAGCUGUGCCUUCUCUCUAAAAUCUUGCUUUCACAGAAAUGAAAAUAGGAUAAACAAAGGCAUUAGAAAUGGAAAGACAACAACAGCAGAAGGUGGCAUUCAGAGAGCUAACAUUAAGUCUUUGACUGAUUAAUCCCAGUCUGCACUUGCUUUGUCUGUUACACUUCAGAAUGCUAGCAACAAGAAAAUGCUUCUCUAAUAUUACAACCUUGGGAAUAUUUUUUCUCCCACAGUUCCUUUCUCAUAGAAGGAAUAGUAAUUGCAGAAAAAGAUGGCCAGACUGCCACUUUUUCCUUACUGUUCUGCCCACAGAGCAAGAGGGGUGGGAUAGUUGAUGGAGUUUCAUCUCCAAAUUUAUUCUCAUUAAUGUAAAUUUUUUAACAAUGCAUUGCAUGUGUUGUCCCAGCCAAAUGCCACAAAGCAAGCACAUGUCAUAGAAGAUUGGUGUGUUAAAUGGUAAUGUAGCACUAUAGCUGCUUAUUUAGAAGCAUGUCAAGUGAGCAGAAAAGAAAGUAGGAAUUUGCACGUCCUGUAAGAGAAUAAUGAAGCAAGGAGUCUUGCAUGCAAGAACAAGGAGCAGAGACAAUAGAAGGCAGAAGUUUUAAAGUGGGAGUAGGUUGGCCAACUGAGAUUGAGCUCUGGAGGAAUUUUACAGAUGAAGAAAGCCUCUAAUAGAAAUGAAUUUUCAGUAGAUAGUGCCUGUUUGUGUUUUGUUACAAAUAAAUCCAACUACAUUUAAUUGUUUCCCCCCGGAUCUCUGGGAUUACCACCCUGGUAGAAGUUGUCUUUGGAUGAGCAUGUUGCCAUAGAGUGAGCUAAGACAGGGGUUCUGGCAGGGGGGGAAAAGGCUGAUUCCCUCAGGAAUUAGGCUAUAUUUUUAUAGGGUGGGGAUAUGACUCCAAAAUACAAACAGGAUGCAUUGACCUAAAAUUGUUGAGAAAGGGAGAAAAAAACCUGAUGAUAUUCCAAUUUGAACAAAGUAGUGACAUGUUCUAUAUAGCAAAAUAGGAAAGCAACCAUUUUAGAGAUCUGGGAAUAUAUCGAAAGAAGCCUUCUCUUUCACCCAGAGAAAACUGGAUGUUAAAACUUUUAGGCUAUGAAUCUAGUUUCUAAGAUAGUGAAUUUCUUUAUUAUUUACACUGGUGCUAAAUAUGUGUGGGGAGGGGUUUCAUUUCUGAGGAUAGCCUGAUGCUUUAAUCCAUCUCCAGGGCAAGCAUAUGUGAGGGAAGAUUUUUUUUCCAGCCUAUCUGCUGAUCAUACCGUAGUUUUAGGCUGUGUGCAUGUUACGGGGAGGGGGUUAAUGUAGGUUAAUAUCUUUGUGAAUACAGCUGGUUUCUGAAAAUAAGAUAACAUUAGCUGAGUUUACAAAUUAGACUACGCAUUAGAUAAGAGACAUUUUUUGAAGCCGAGUGCUGGAAAAUGGAACUGAAUAAUAAAAGUAUGGCAUGAUGAUUUUGUGUGGCUUUUUGAAGUACCCAUGCCUGCCUCCUGCUGGAGGAGCAACAAAUCAGAUCAUUCAUUCAACCCAGGAGGAUUGUACUCAGGUGGAGUUUUGCCACAGGGCAAUUUGAAAUAAAUUUUAUGCAACUCCUUUGGGAAGUUUUGUGGAGCUGUGAUGAAACCUUUGCUUUUUGCUACGUCCUUCAAGAAAGAAUGUUCAAGUAUACCUGAAUCAGGGCAGCUUCUCUCCUAGCCUAUGGCUGAGGUGGGCAAUAUUUGUGAUCUGUUACUAAAAGUCCUUCCCUACUUCCAUUGGCUGUUAUGACUCUGCCUUGCCCAAGAAGGAAAGAUGUCUGAUGAUCCAAUGAAGAAGCCUCUGGAGGUGAAUCCAUAUGCUGCUCUUGCAUCUUCCUCAUAAAAUGUGACCAGCUGUCUCAUUGCCGCUCGACUUUCUGUGUUGCAAUGGCCUAUCUGCAAGUCUUUUUAUCGCAUUGUCUAGGAGGGGCUGGAAUUCUGUGUUCUACUCUCUGCCUUUGAGACUUACAUGGUACUUUCCUUGUUGCCGUGAACUCAUUUACCUCUGAUUAAAGGCAGAAGAAGGACCUGAA